CGCCUGGAUUCCGCCUGUUUUCAUUGGCUACAGCGAGGCAGUAGUGCCCGCCUACGGUGGCCAGAGCAGUCGCAUAUUACUCCGCUGAUUGGAGGCGGCUCUGUCAAUCAUCUGGGAUAUUAAGGAAGGGGGUGCCAACUGCCAAGAUGAAGCACUACGAGGUGGAGAUACUGGAUGCCAAGACCAAGGACAAACUGUGCUUCCUGGACAAGGUCGAGCCAAAUGCCACUAUCGGGGAGAUCAAGUCUAUGUUCCACAAGAGCCAUCCUCAGUGGUACCCGGCCAGACAGUCCAUUCGCCUAGACCCAAAGGGGAAGUCUCUGAAGGAUGAGGAUGUACUGCAGCAUCUUCCCGUGGGAACCACCGCAACCUUCUACUUCAGAGACCUGGGAGCCCAGAUCAGCUGGGUCACGGUCUUUCUGACAGAGUAUACCGGCCCUUUGGUCAUCUAUCUGAUGUUCUACUUCAGGGUUCCCUUCAUCUACGCACCCAAAUAUGACUUUACCACCAGUAAACACUGGGUCGUACAUCUCGCUUGCAUGUGUCACUCUUUCCACUACGUUAAGAGGCUGCUGGAGACGCUGUUUGUCCAUCGCUUCUCUCAUGGUACAAUGCCGUUACGCAACAUCUUUAAGAACUGUACCUACUACUGGGGCUUUGCAGCGUGGAUGGCUUAUUACAUCAACCACCCACUAUACACACCACCCAUUUACGGGGAGCAACAAAUCAGACUGGCCCUCAUCUUAUUCUUGUUCUGUCAGAUCGGCAACUUUUCCAUCCACAUUGCUCUGCGGAACCUCCGUCCACCAGGUUCUAAGACCAGGAAGAUUCCCUAUCCAACCAAGAACCCCUUCACCUGGAUCUUCCUACUGGUCUCCUGCCCCAACUACACCUAUGAGCUGGGCUCCUGGCUCGGCUUCACCCUGAUGACUCAGUGCCUGCCGGUGGCCUUUUUCACCUUGGUGGGUUUCAUUCAGAUGACCGUGUGGGCCAAGGGGAAGCACCGCAGCUACCUGAAGGAGUUCCGCGACUACCCUCCUCUCCGCUCACCCAUCCUGCCCUUCAUCCUUUAGAGAGCCGCUCCAUAGCUAUAGGAGUUUAGUACACCCCCACCUCUCCUCCCUCAGCCCUAACCGAGAACACUGGAACUUAGUAGACUGACUGAAAGAAUCUAACCCGGUCCCCUUUUCCUUAUCCACCCCUCAACCAAAUUGUCUUUACCUUUGUGUCUGCGAUCCCUGUCAUGUUGAGUGAGAAUGUGAACAUUACACUACUCUAUUUUUUUUAAUUGUCUACAAACACACCCAAUCUGAUUGGUUAAUUGAUUUGUGUAUCUGAGUUCCCGGAGCAGUCUUCAGCUUCAUACUACCCGGUGUGUACUGAAUGAUGUACUAUAUAUAUAUAAAUACUGUACAAUGUCUAACCGUGCUUGUCAUCUCAUACCGUUGUUAUUGGGAUGAAUCUGUAUCUGGUGAUAUUCAGCAAAACUUCAAAUUGUUCCGUUUUGAUAUCAAUAAUCUAAAUUUGAAACCAUGACAAGCAUUUGAUUUUGUUGAUCUGAAAGUAAUUUAUUAAAAAAAGGUGAACCAAAA